AGCGGCUCCUUGGCACAAUGUAACCGAGGAUGGGAGUCCAAAGCCUGACCUCUCUGCUGGAGAACCACCGGAGGAUCUACCGGGACGUCCAGUUCAGGAGGAGCCGGCUGGUGGUCGACGGCUGUAACCUCCUCUACCUGCUCUACUUCAGCUCAGGUCUGGACCAGAACCACGGUGGGGAGUAUGCUGCGUUUGAGGUCCUGAUUGAGAAGUUCAUAAAAGCCCUCAGAGACUGCGGGAUCGUGCCACACGUGGUGCUGGACGGAGGCUCGGACUACACCGACAAGAAGCUUCAGACCAAGAUGCUACGAGCCGUAAGUCGUAUCAAGAAGGCCCAUCGAGCGGCGGAGGGCAACAGCCAGGAGGGCAUCCUGCCACAGCUGGUCGGGCUGGUGUUCAAACAGACGCUGGCCCGGCUGGAGGUACCGGUGGCUCAGUGCUACUGGGAGGCUGACCAGGAGAUUGCUGCCCUGGCCAGGGAGUGGCGGUGCCCGGUGCUUUCCAAUGACAGCGACUUCUACAUCUUCGACCUCCCGGCGGGGCUGCUGCCUAUCUCGGACUUCAAGUGGGAGGCGGUGGAGCAGAGUGGCUCGCAGAGCUACAUCCCCUGUAAGAGCUACAACACCUCCAGCUUCUGUAUCUUCUUCGACAUCCAGCGCCAGCUCCUGCCCGCCUUCGCUGCCUUGGCCGGGAAUGAUUACGUGAAGCUGCAGAAGAUGACGUCCCCCAUCAACUGGGCUCAGUUUGCCCCUGAAGGCAAAGGCGUUGAGACAACAGGCCGGCUGGAGGGGCUGCUCUGCUGGCUGAAGGCCUUCCAGCGGCCUCAGGAGGCCUUGGAGGCGGCGCUGGGGCUGAUGGGAGAUCUGAGCAGGAAGACAAAGGAGGAGGUACUGAAGGGCCUGUAUCUGGGGAUGAAGGAGUACCAGCUCCCUCCCAGCUCCCUGAAGAGGUUCUUCAUCCACGGGACGGCACCUCCUCUCCCAGCAGUGGAACAAAAGGUGACGGAUCUGGUUCCAGACUGGAUCCGGCUGCCGCUGACCCAGGCCCGGCUGACUGCAGACAUCCUGGACGUGCUGCUGCUGCGGAGGAUGUCCCUCAGCUACCCCGUGGAUCACGCCGACAUGCCCAGCGCUCACCUGACCUCCAGGCCGCUCCGCCAGGUGAUGUACGGGCUGAUGCUGGGCGACCAGCCGGAGGUGGAGGAGCGAGACAGAGACGGCCUCGAGCUGAGGUUCAUCCCAGUCCGACCUGCCAUCACCGACGCCACUCAGCAGCUGACACUCAGCUCACUGGAUCAGGCUGAGCCCUCCCAGCGUCUACUGGUCUUACUGGGAGCUCUGGGAGUGACCGAGGACUCUCUGAGCUGCCUGCCGUCUCAGCUGCGCCUCCCGGUGGCUGCCACCUGCUACUGGCUGCAGAGAGCUCAGCCUCCUCCGGACCAGGAGGUGGUGAAGGCUCUGCUGCUGGGACUGAGUACUGGAGACGCCCUGAGACACACAGCAGCUCUGCAGAUUCAGCGCCACAGACAGAAGCUGGACGCCGUCGUGAAUCAUGCCUUAAACCAAUGGCAGUCCUGCCUGAAGGUCAGCAUCCAGCUGAACCAGCUGCUGGGGCUCCCCCUACCUGAACCACACAUCGCCAGGUUGUAUGAGGGGACACUGGUCCACCAGCUGAUCCUUGGGAUGAGGUCUGGAGGAAAGCAGAGGCACUUUGUGAAGAGGGAUCGCUCAGGUGUGAAACAGUACCAAACCAUGCAGGCUGUCGUCCACCAGUUUCACACUCGGGAGGCGCCGGCGCCGGCACCGUCAGAGACCCAGGAGAGAACGGCGGCCCCACAGCACAACCCUUUGGACGACCUGACUGCCAUCCUGCAGCAGCUCUUCCUCCCGGACGAAGAUGCGGAAUUGGAGGCGAGCAGCUCGGUCAGAGUCGAGGAGGAUCUGGACCUGAACCACCUGGUGUCAGUGAAAUCUCGGUACCGAGCUAAAGAGAGAAAGAACCGGUGCAAGAACCCAGAACUGGCCCGUAAACAGGAGUGCCGGGGCUGGGACCUCCUCUGAUCCAUCAGACUUUUAUUCAGCAUUCAGUCUCUGACUGCUGAAUGUUUCAAUCUUUUGUAAAACUUUUAAAUUCUUCAGCUCUCUGAGUUUUUGUUCACUUCUCUGCUACGAAUGUUUCUCAUUUAGGCCUCAGGAGUGAAAAUGUAUAAAUUUCCUCAUAUGUUUCAGUAUUUAUCUGAUAUUAUUAUUUUUAUUUGAACUCAAUGAAGUAAGAAAGAAGGACUCUAAAGAGUCUUAAGUCAUUCAGUCACUGACUGUUGGAGUCUAAAGACUAUUCAGAUUUGAUUCACUUCUAUUUAUAGCUGCACUUUGUUCUUUUAAAUGUUUCAAUCUUUUGUAAAACGUUUUAAAUUCUUCAACUUUCGGAGUUUUUCUUCACUUCUCUGCUACUCAGGGACGAAUGUCUCUAAUUUAGGCUUCAGGAGUGAAAAUGUGUCAACUUCUUCAUAUUUUUCCGUAUUUAUCUGAUAUUAUUAUUAUUAUUAUUUGAAAACAAUGAGAUAAGAAAGUAGGAAUACAAAUAAGGAAAUGUUAAAUCUGUUGUUUUAUGGUGUAAAAUUAUAUUUAUUAUGUCUGACACGUGAAUAAAGUUUAUAUUUGUAUAUUGUAUGUACACACAGUGAAAAUAUGAAUAGAAACAAAGUGAGCUCCUUUAAAAGAUUUAUAAAAUUUUAAUAUACAUUGUAUUCUCAUCCACACACACGGGUCAUAAAAGAGCAGAUAAAGAGAGUCGGAGGUGUGACAGUGUCUUCGUCCGCCAUCUCCGUCCUCAGCGGUCGUUUCUUUAGUUUUGGUGUUGAAGCUAAAACAGAUGAAACUUUUGUUGCUGAGAGUAAAACCAGCCGACUUAACUUAAAAUGUGAAACUGGUAGUUUUUGUUUCAGCGCUGCUCAUUUUUAAUUCAAACUAAAUACAAGAAUUAGCUGUAAAUAUCAGACCGACUUUAGACAGGCGCGUCUUUAAAUCCCUCUAAAAACUGAUUUGUAUUAAUGUCCUUUCAGAGUUUGUGGUCUGAAUUCACUUUUACCUGUUUCUUAAAUAUUCAGUUUACAACGAUAUAAGAUAAGGCAUUAUAAAUUCUCACAUUUAAGGAGCUAUAACGAGGGAAUGGUCGACACUUCAAAUGCUUCAAAAAAUGACUGCAACAAUAAAAUUAUCAUUUUGAUAAAC